AAUUAAUUCUAAAAUAUUUUUAAUAGAUUGUUGGAUAAAUUUUUCGUUGAAAUCGAGAUAUCUGUGUUAAGUCCAAAAAUAAAAGCUGAAACAUUAACAUGUAUAUGUAAGAAAUUAAUUGAUGGAAGUUUGGUGCUAUCCAACGAUGCAAGAAAAACGUAUUUGAAAUUGUUCACACCAUGUUGUAACAUUGGUCAACUGACUGAACUGCUGAAUGCAUGGGUUGACUUCAAUGUUGUGCCAGUGAUCACUUUAGAGAAACUUUUGCUUUCCAUACAAACGAAUACAAAUGUUGUGGCAGCGAUUUCACUUCUGGAAAGAAUGCCAUUAUCUCUUUGCUCAUCUUCCUCUCAAUCAUUUAAUGAAGCAGUGGUCAGUCUCUGCAAAAAUGGUGGACAAUGUUUUGAUGUAGUAGAGAAGAUUUAUCUUUUGAUGCGCAAGGCUUCGAUUCAACUAACGGAGGAGAGCAUACUUCGUGUAUUGAACAUGGUAUGUGCUAACAAGAAAUACGAUCUAUUUGUGACUCGUUAUAAUGAGAUAACAGAACAGGGUAUUGUACCGGCUGAUUUAACCAUACCGGACUGGUUUGCUUCAACUCUUGCAGACGCCCUUGAAACUGGACCAGACAAAGUUCAUCAUAAAAUGGUGUUAUGUCUUCUUUCAACGAAGAUCCCGCCUGAAGAAAGAAGAAUCAGUCAAGUUUUAAAUCUUUUAAUUGCAAAAAGAAGAUUUCCCGACAUUUUAGAUUUAGUAAAAAAGUGUUUAGAUCGAAGUUAUAUGUUAUCUCAGAAGGAAUUGCGACGGGUUGUACUUAUACUAGAAGAAUGGACCGCAAACACGGAGGCUUCUAUAUUUGUGUACACCAAAAUGCGCGAGAUAUAUCCGCGACCAGAACAUCAAUGUGUUUGUGGAAAAAAAGUGAACACUUCUUACUUGCGAAGCAAGUUCCAAUUUUCUGAGACGUUUCAAAAAUCUUGUGAUGACGACAGAUCUAGCGCAGAUUCUAAUGGUAGUGUGUUCAAUCAAGAGCAAGUUCUAGCAACAGCGCAUCGCGAACUAUUGAGAAUAUCAGCUGAACUUAAUGAAAAUGGCGAAGAUAGCUCCAAGUUCAAGGAGUUAUAUAUGGAAGCGGUGUCAAUGGAUGCAGCAAAUAACAACAUCGUUUUAAAUGGUUUAUUUCUCGGUCUAACUAACAAUGAACGACCUGGAUAUAAGUUUAAUAUAUUUAUUAGAUUGCUUAUGCAAACAUAUACCAACGCAGGAAAUGAUAUUGAGCUACCCGAAGAUGUAUCUUUGGCAUCAGGCCGUCUUGCAGUUCGUGUAAUUAGGUACUUACACAAUCGAGAGAGUUUUUCCGAAGCAUACACAAUACUGCAUACCUGUCAUGAACAUUUGAUAUCAUAUUCGCACAGCGGUGGGCAGUUUGGAACCAUGAUGGAAACUAACGAAGACAUGAGUGUAUGUUCGAUCGCGAAUUUAUGCUCUGAUGUUUGUAUCCGUAACAACAAAAUUGACAGUGGAUAUCAUGUUUUAAAACAUUGUCAGUACGGAGUUCCAGAGAGCGGGGAACUUGACGAGAACGAACUUUCUGAGCGAAAUAACCGCGCGGGCCGUUUAAUCGAAGGUUUGCUGCAAAUUCGAAUGGCAGUCGAAGCUUGGGAUACAUUUUUAAAUGUGCAUGCAACCAUGUCGAUUCCUGUAAAGACAAAGCUCAUAAACGAGGUGUGUACUAGCUUCUGCGAAUUAAACUUACCAGAAGAAGCACUCAAAGUGUCUAGCGAGAUAAACAACUUAAAACUCGAUGUCCACAGACGGACAGUGAAAGCUUACGUGAAUUGUUUAGCGUUAAACGAUCAUAAUCCUGAAGCACUCGAAAUGUUUCACAAAGGCAUAGCUAUUAAGGCUUAUGGACACACCUACGACAAAGAUCGGCCGUACCAAAUUUUAUUGUCAACUGACUUGAGCCGUGUAGAAAUCCGGUUGCUUGUCGAGCAACAUUUUAAAGACCUUCGCAUGGAUCCCGCCUACGAAGAGCUACUCGCUAAGAGCAUCGACAUGAUGAAUUCAUUCAGCCCGUUUGAAUUUACCGUGGUACCUUCGCAUGAUCAGGAUUUAGUCGAGUUUAAAGCAAGUAAAGAGAGAACUUAUCAGGACUUGAUUGCUUUUGCUGCUGAAUUAACUCCACCGUUGGAAAUUAUUGAAAAAAGUGAACAGCGAAUCGUUGUUUCUCACGCCAGUGUUUAUCGAUGGACAUCCCAUCAAUCCCUACCUAGCAACGAUCAACCCCCUUCGCUGGCACCGCCGGUUAAAAAGAAGCGAACAAUUGCUGUACCAGAUGCUCCCUUGUAUGACGUGGCAUGCUUCAGUAACAUGACAAUGACGAUAUGUCCGACACCGAAACCAUUUGAUAUGACAGACGAAAGCGCAAGCGUAACUGAUUUACCUGUUAUUGUUAAUGUUCCUACAAAAAGAAACGUUCUAAUUAAGGAUUAUCCAGACACUGAAAAUGAAGUGGAAGCAGAAAAAUACAUCAGAAAGACGAUAUGUGCCGAACUGACAGCUUUUAUGAAGAAAGGGAUUAUUCAAAAAGAGCAUUUUGUGCCGAUCGCGAAGAAGCUACACAAAUCCUUUCUGGCUACGAUGGAAGGCCGUGGUCCAAUUUUCUUUGAUAAAAGUAUUAGUUUGGAAGCGUCAAAAUUUGUUGUCAGCAACUUUAAAAAUUUUUUAAAUGAGCCGCUUAUCAAGUGAUUUUUAAACCAUAUUUUAUAGAUUAUAGGUUAUAUAUAUUUGUAUUUAUUUUUUGCUUUUUAUGAGACUUGUUUACCUUUUUAAUUAGACGACAAAAACGUCAAUGUUUUGGUACAUUUUCCUCUUGCUUACGGUUAUUUUUCUUUAAUUUUUAUGCAAACCUAAUA